AUGGAUUCUAUAAUAAAAUAAGAAUAAAUAGAAGAUAAAAGUUGUUUUUCAAUAAGAUAAAUACAGUAUGACAUACUUAAUGAUUAGAUAAUUUCUGAUGUGAAAUAAAUCUGUGGUUACACUUUGAAACAACCACAAUACAUCCUUCAGUAAAUGCACAUAAACUUAUAUUUGUANAUUUGUUAAGAAUUAAUUGAAACUAUUGAAUGUGAUUCUUAAUUAAUUGUUAAUGAAUAUUCAUGUCGUAGUCAAGUUUAAAAUACUAAAUGUAUUUAUGAUAUUGAUAAUUAUUAAUGCACUAGUUUAUUUAAUAUUUGGUCAUUGAAAUGUAAUACUUUAGGUUUAAAUUCAUUGGGUUGUGUAUCAGUUUAACAAGAACCAUGUAUUUUUAAAGAUAAUAAAUGUUAAAUAUUUCGUGAAAUUUAAAGUGUUUGUAUGUUCUUAAGUUAAGUAAAUUCAAAAGUAUGUGCAUCUAUUAUAGAUUAAUAUUGUGCAUAUGAUCCAAUUAAUUAUAAAUGUUAAACAUAAUUAAUCACUUAAGAUUAUUGUAAUAUAGAAGGAAUAAAUAAAAAUUUUUGUAUUAGAAAAGAAAUUUGUAUGUGGAAUCAAGACAAUUUAGAUUGUAAAUGUAAAUCUAUAUAAGAAAUUGAUUCUUGUUAAUAAUCUGAUAUAUCAAAAUGUAGAGCUUAAAAUAAAUGUUAUUUUGAUUUAGAAUAAUAUAGAUGUGUGAAGAAAUAAUGUUAUCAUUUAAAGGAAGAUGAAUGUGAUUAAAUUUUAGAUAAUAAAAUAUGUUAUAGAAGUCUUAAAAAAGGUUGUUAACCAAAUAUUACGGCUCUGAAUUAAAAAAUGAAUUUAUUUUGA